GGUUGUCUCUGAUAAUUAUUCUGCUGGAACCUUCAAUUUUUGUUAUUAAAUGUGUUUCCGGUGUUUUCAGGUAAGCUCAAGACAAAAGGAAACGAGUAGUACCUCAGGGAUGCGUGAGACUGUUGAAACCAGUAUGCUUAUAGAACACAGAGCAAAGGAAGUAGUACCCAAGCGCAUAGUAAAGAUGGAGGAAGCAAUAAAAAAUCGUGAUUUUCCAGCUUUUGCUCGUCUCACAUGUGCAGACAGUAAUCAGUUUCAUGCAGUCUGCCUGGAUACCUCACCCCCUAUAUUCUACAUGAACGACACAUCCCAUAGGAUAAUCAGCUGUGUUGAGAAAUGGAAUCGUUUUGAAGGAACACCUCAGGUUUAUCUCUUUCUUUUUGCAACUAUUUUUGGUUAAAAACCAUGAGGUCAUUACGAAAUUCUCAACAGUCGUAUCAUGACAG